CUUUUCUCUCUUACCAAAAACACUUCAAAGUCCCCACAAACCACAAACCCUCAUUCCCUCUUCUCUUCUUCUUUACACCACCCACCCUACCUAACUACCCCACCCCUUCAAACCUCUCAACAAACCAAAAAUAUUCUCCAUUUUUUUCCAUUAUGAAGAAACUUUAUAGAAAAGGCACAGUUCAUCCUUCUCCUCCUUUAGUUUCUGACCAUCUUUCAUUUUUACCUGCUGCUAUUUUCACUCUUGCUGUUGCUUUAUCUCAACAAGAUAAAGAAGUACUAGCUUAUCUCAUUUCUUGUUCUUCCGGCGACUUCUCCGGCGGGUUUUCCGGCAAGAUUUCCGGUAAUCGGAGGAUUACCCACAAGUCUACACCCAUUAACAUACCUCCUGCCGCCUCAACCUCCGUUAACGCCACCGUAGAUGGCGGCGGAGGUGGUGGUGAGCAACUUUCCGGCAGCUUUUCCGGCGAGUUUUACGGUAAUCGGAGGAAUACCCACAACAAGUCAGCUACACCCAGCUCAGAAUCAGCAAACUCCGGUGGUGGUUAUUCGAAAGGUAUAACCACCGCGAACGGCGGCGUACAUGGCGGCAUAGGUGGCGGCGGAACUGAAAAUGAACUUUCCGGUGAUUUUUCAGGCAAUCGGAGGACGACCCAAGUUAAGUCAGCUACACCCAGCUCAGAAUCAGCAAACUCCGGCGGUGGUUAUUCGAAAGGUAUGACCACCGCACACGGCGGCGGCGUAGGUGGUGGUGCUGACCAUGUAACUUCAUUUAAAUGCUACUGUUUCAGCUGUUACAUGAGUUAUUGGGUAAAAUGGGAUUCUUCACCAAAUAGACAACUUAUUCAUGAGAUUCUUGAUGCUUAUGAAGAUGGAUUACAUAGCAAAAAGAGCAAAAAAGAAAGAAGAAAGCAAAACGGCUCAUCAAAGCAAAACGGGUUAGGGUCCGGGUCAGGGUCCGGGUCAUCUAGUAGUAGUGUUGGGUCUUGUAAUGAGCUGAAAAAGUCAUCAUCUGAGCUUACUUUGAACAAAAACGGGUCAGGGUCCGGGUCCGGGACAGGGUCCGGGUCGGGUCAAAAUGACCCGGUUGAGGAAACUUUUGUAGAUGGUGAUGAAGAAGAAAGUGGUGAGAAAGGCUCUGUGAGAAAGUUUGUGAGUUUUCUUGGUGAAAAGAUAUGGGGUAUUUGGAACUAAAUAAAAUGAGAAAAAAUAUUUUUUUGGAAUUAAUUUUCAAGAAAAUAUUUAAGUUUGUUUAUUUUUUGUUCCAUUUUAAUUUUAAUUUUAAUUUUGUUUUUUGUUUCUGGUCUGUAAAAUACUCUUUACUUCACCGAUGUAAAAUAUUGGCUAGUAUUUUUGAAUGAUCAUCACCUUCAUUGGUUUUUUGUUA